AUGCCGCCAGACAGUGAUACUAUUGUAGUAAAUACUCAAGAAAACAGACAGGAGAGCCUAGGGCCAGAGGCCCAAACUGAUAGAGAAAUGGAGAUAGAGUCUACUCCAGCUACACCUACUCAAAACCAACAAACACCUAGCGUGUUUGAAAUACCAAUACUACCACCAAACAAACGAUACGCCAACUUCUCACCAGAGAAUACCUAUAGAGGUAGAAAUCCAUACCAGAAUACCUCUAGCCUAAAACCAAUCGCCAAGAACUCUGAACAGGCAAUCUAUUGGGCUAGAGAUCUAAUCCUUCAAGCCUCCACAAUGGAAGAAUCCCACGUAGCCCAAAACAAGCUACUAGAGCUACUAGACGUCUUCAGAGACUAUACUGAAACUGGCAGAGUAGCUAACCAAAUUACGGAAAAGCUAUCUGCCAAACUAGCUUACCACUCAGCUACGCUGGCAAAUGCCUCCCAGCAGGCAACAAAGACGCUCAAACAAGCUACUACUAUAGCUUCUAACAAGGCACAACCAAUAGCUAUACAAGUAGCUCAAAAACCAGCCCAAACCUCCUACGCUACAAUUGCAGCAAACAACUCAAACCAGGCCUGGACAACAGUCCAACCAAAGAAGAAGCUAGCGCAACUAGCUAAAAAACCAGUAUCUUACUACCAGACGCUAGUAACACUAGAAGAGGGCCAAAUAACCAGCCCUCUACUAGUAAGAAAUAAGAUUAACCAAGCCUUCCAGAAGGUUGGCAUCGCUGGCCCAGUUAUCCAACAGGUAGCAACGAGUAAAAGAAACAACCUUAUCCUUACGACCACCGAAGGAUACUCAGGAGAAUUUCUUCUAAAGCAAAUCAAUACUUGGCAAAACCAGCUGCCAAUUAAGAAAGCCCAGCCUCUAGAGUCCUGGACUAAACUCGUGGUACACGGAGUACCAACAACCUUUGAUGGAGCUGAAAACCUCCAGCUUCUCCACACAGAAAUCCCAACGUAUAACAAGAACCAAACUAUCGUUGGGAACCCCUACUGGCUAUCUAGAAGCUGGAAAAGCAAGCAAACAAGCUCUAUUGUCAUAGCUUUUAAAUCCGAAGCAGAAGCGAAGAAGAUUGGUAAUAGAAUAACAAUACUUGGCCAAUCGCUCCGGGUUGAGAAAUACCGCCAAAUCCCACCAACUGCUCAGUGCAGUAAGUGCCAAGGGUUCGGACACAACUUUAGCAGGUGUAGAAACCUAGCUAGCUGCCAGUUCUGUGCUGAAAACCACCUAACUACUCAGCACUUCUGUAGCAUUUGCAAAGUAAAAGGAAAAGCUUGUAACCACACGCUCCCAAAAUGCAAAAACUGCAAACAAACCCACUUUGCGAAUAGCAAAGACUGCGAGGUCCUUCUAGCCAUUAAAUAAUGAUAGAAAACCUUAAAGUACUACAAGUAAACUUAAACAAAAGUAUACAGGCUACAGAGUCAACGCUACAACUAGCAACUGAGCUAAAAGUUAAUAUUAUUGCAAUCCAAGAACCGUGGAUUGCACCCUCUAGCAGCAAUAGCUACGAAGCUCCAAGGUCAAUAGCCCACCAAAGCUUCUACCAAAUCUUUCCAAAAGCAGGUCCAAACCUCCGCCCAAGAGCUCUAUUUUAUAU